AUGACCCCCUUGUACUCCAUGUCAGAACUCUGCAAUUGUAACAAGUGUGAAGAGAUAAAUGUGACCACACAGAGACACAUGCAGAGCCUGAGGCACAGCAAGGAGGAGCUGAACAGGCUUAACCAGGCCAUCCAGCAGCUAACUGUGGAGCCCUGCAAGCUAGAAGGAGCCAAGCACCCACCAGCUCUGCAGGAGGAGGGUGCCUCAGGCAGUGCCAAGGGCAAGCUGGCCUGGCUGGAGGCCGCCCUGCAGCGGGCCAAGCAGGACAUGGUGCGGCAGCUGCGGGAGUACCAGGAUCUCAUGAUCGUCAAGCUGGGCCUGGACUUUGAGAUCGCCACCUACCGCAAGCUGUUGGAGGACGAGGAGAGCAGGCUUGGCCUGAGACAGGGAGCAGGGAGCCUCAGUAAGUAA